AUAGGUUAUAUUUGGUGGACUUUGAUCAGCAAUAGCUGUAUAUUAUACCUGAAGUCACAGUUCAAAAGUCUCUACUGUGGUUAGCUCACGAGUUCCUGAGAAGCUGUGUUUCUCAACUGAAGGGCUGGAAGAGAAAGAAAAGGUUUGGAUUGUCUCUGGGAGAGGGGGAGUGAGGGGGAAGCUCCCCAGCUUAUGGAAGUACUUCUUUCAAAAAUAUCUAACCCUCUAAAGCUGUGGGUUUCAGACAGAACACUGGUAAUGGUUGGGUGUUUGUUUAGUGUUGAUUUUUUUGAAUGCCAAAGUAUUUCUUCUUUCUGUUUCGCCUCUUGUUAUGCUGAACUUACCGUAAUUUUACAUCUUACGUACAGACAUUAUGGAUAACGUUCACCUGAGUGUCACAGCUGUGCUGCUCCUUUACUUUAAUCACCCUCGAUCAGUGGGAACCAAGCAGCUUCUUAAUACACAUCGCCAUACAGACUGCUGGUGGGAUGAGAAGUUCGUAGUGAAUUGCUCUUUCUUGGGACUAGGUGCUAUUCCAGAAGAUAUAUCACUAACAGCAGAAACGGUCGAUCUAAGUUAUAAUAACAUCAAAACUUUCCUGUGCGCCACCGGGAGAAAUGAAGACUGGAUGCUGAAACACCUGAACCUCAGUAACAACCUCAUUUCUGACAUCUCCGUAACUGCUUUUAGAAAUCUACCAAUUUUGGAAACUCUAAACCUCAAUGGUAACUCUAUCAGCACCCUCACACUGCACCCACCCACACCUGCACAUGGGUCUAAAACACUGGGAGAAAUGCACCGUUUCCUGCCUGCCUUGAAAGUACUGUCAGCUGGAAGGAAUAACCUCCAUGCAGUUCCAACAGGGCUAGGACUGCUGCAGUCUUUACAAACUGUCCAUUUGUCAUUCAAUGGCAUACUACAGAUUGACCUGAAUGAUUUUCACAACUGUUCGCAGCUGAAAAAUAUCUACCUGCAAAACAACAAGAUAGCAAACAUUCAUCCUGACGCCUUCAAGGAUCUCAACAAACUACAGGUCGUGGAUCUCCGUGAAAACCCUCUGACAACCAUUCUACCUCACCUAUUAAUCAAUUUGAACAUCUUUCAACUCAAAGUGGAUUUGUUCAACAAUUCCUGGAUAUGUAACUGCAGACUUCAUGCCUUGAAACAUCUACUCCGUUUUUUUUCUGCCUCCACGAAAGAAAAGCUGAUUACAUCUUGCAGUAAAACUGCCACCAGCUCACAGAAGCCUCUGCUGUACCUUUCAAGUUUCCACCUGAACUGCAGUGACAGUGUUUUGUCCAGGACAUCUGUGGUCCCACCGAGGGAGACAUCAGUGCUGCGCUGCAGCGUGGGUAACGCACUGGAUAAUGGAGUCUCAUGGUGGACACCUAAAGGCAAAAUUUCAAAGGAAAGCAGUCUUCCUCAUCUAUAUAUGUGUACUUUUAAUACAACAAGGAAGAAGUAUCUCAUCUACAACGUACAGGUAAAAGAAAAGGUUCCAGCACCUCUGGUUAGAAAAACUCGGGCCACCAAUGCAGGUGUUAGAGCAGGAGGAACGCAGCAGGACCUGACGCUGGCCGUAUGCCUCUCAGUGUUCAUUACAUUUUUCUGUGCCUUCUGCCUGGGCGUCCUGGCCAGGCCCUGCCUCACACGCUUGUGGAUGCGCAUGUGCAGGAUCAAAGCCCCGGCUCCAGAGCACACCUACGCUAACGAUGCCUUUUCAGAUGAAACCCCAAGCAGAGAGCACUCCGUGAGCAACCCAAUGAACACACAGCAUAAUGAGUUUGUUUUUUAUGAGAAUUAUUCAAGAAGCACUCAUGCUUCUCCUACAGGAACUGCUCAGUUUUAUGAAAAUGUCAUUGGUGGCACUGGACGCACACCAAGUACUGAGGAGUUCCCAAAAGAAAGCAAUAAUGAGAUUAACAUAAAAAAAAAUAGCGUGUCUUUCAACACCAAAACUAAUAGCAGUGAUGCCAUGAACACUGGACAGCUUACUGCAAGGAUGGAUUACGAGAACAGCAAUGAAGUAACACCAGGGAAAUUAAUGGGGAACAGCUUGUCAACAAAAGACCCAAAGUACGCAAACAGCACAGACUCAGAGCAGAGCAGAGUCCCUCCCAUGCCCAGCAGACACAACACUGGCUCUCACUCAGUUCACACGGAUCCUGCAGACACAGAUUUACCCUGCACAGGAGAUGCUGGCUUCCCACUUCCCACAGUACAACCCCAAACCAGUGUGCAAUAUUCCAGAGACAAUGAGGUGGGCAACAGAUCUGGUCAGCAGCAGUCAGAGGCAACACCUGAAUACAAAGGGAACAUUUCACAUCAUGAACCUAUAAGCUCUACAAAAUUUAUGCCUGGGAGGCAAAGCUAUGAUAGAGAAUUUGGUCUAAAUAGCAACGUAAAUAUGAACAGUGACAUGGGAAAUCUUAUUUUACCCAGUAGCUCUAAGAGAGAUGCAAAUAUUGAGAACUUAAGCAUUCACCAAAAACCUGAAAACACUCCUCAUACAGAGCACAGCUGUAAAAGAGAUUGUAGAAAUGAGCAAGGUAAUUUUGCAGAUUUCUUUGGUGACAGUUCUUCAGAUGAAGGGGCUCUGUUCACGAUGAGUGACUGCAGCUCCUUAGAAGACUCUGACCUGGAACAAAUCAGCGUUAGCAGCAACUUGCCAGCUCCUCUGCCAUCACUGGAGAAAGCUGACACAAAUGGAAUUGGUAAUUUCUCAGCACCGCUAGAAUCCCUGAGCAUUGCUGCAGAACUUCGGCAUAUUGGAAAAAAUGGAGAUAAGCACAAUGCAUAUUUUGGAACCACUACAGAUUACGGGUCAGAUACCAUCAUACCUGAAGCAGCAUCAGCUCACGCUGCCAAAUGCAGUGAUCAUGUAAGCACAUCAGGUUCAGACUCAAUUAAUUCAAGUCCAGAAGUUCCUGAUGCAUUUGACUAUUUUACCAAGGAGUCAACAGCACAAAACUCAAUUUCUGAUUCUCCCUACAAGCACAACACAGACUUCAGCAACACACCACUUUCAUUAAAACAUUUUCCUACAUAUGCAACAGAUACCGAAAAUACUCCUGAAGAUGCUGAGCUGCAGCCACACCAGUUUUCCUUUCAACCACAGCACCUCCUCAGACACAGUCCCACAGAACAGAAGGAACACGCACCAGAGGUAAGCACAGAGCAGCUCACAGAUGAGAGUUCCUCUGAAAGCGACCGUUGGGAAGGGGACGCUGCUCCGAGAUGGAACAUGAAUACAUCUGAGAGCAAUCAUUUUGUUCGUACUCCUCUUGAUACUGGUUUGAAUGCAACUGUUAGCAAGGCACCUCUUCCACAUGCCAGCACAGCCAGCAACAAGUCACCUCAUCCAUCCGUAUCUGAAAACACAACUGAAAAACCUUCUACAGUUAUUAUGGAGAAAAAGUCAUUACCACAGGGUGAGCACAUUAAUUCAGCUAGAACUCACGAAGAUAAAACACAAAGAAGUUUCAGUGAAGAAUGUGAUAAAUACAGGGAAUUACAGGGCAGCAACAACUGUAGCUCUUCUGAUGAAAUGCAAUCCUGCAGUGUUAUGACAAAAUUGCACCUUGAAUCUCCAGGGAAAACACAGUCAGUCUUCAACAUAGACAAUUAUUUCCAGUUGGAUCCAAGUGAAGAGAAUGUGUAUUCCUCACUAGUCCCACACAGCUCCCUGAGCAGAAGCACACAGCACAGCUCAGGUCCGUUCCCACAAAAGACUGCAGGAAACAAAACCUGCCCAACCACUGAUCCCAGUGAGCUGGAGGGUGACACCUCUUUGAAAGCACCAGAGAGCAGUUCUACAACAGCUGCCAGCCUCCCAGAUUCCAGUGAAAAAUGCUGUCAAAAAGCUCAGACCAGUUUAGGACAGCGCCAGCUUUUCAUUAAGAAGAAAAGAGCAUUUGAUGGAUUUGGUAAUAUUUUGCAAAGUAGGAGAGCAGAGUCCGAUGGUUGAGACACAGCAGUGCAUUGCUAUCCUCCUACAGGUGCAAAGUGACUGCGUCUUAGAAUGAAGUUACUGGGUUUUUUUGCUUAUCUUUGCUUAGUACAGCUAGCUGCCUUGAGCUUCAGAAAUGCAGGUUAUGGAACUAGACCUGCCCUGUGUGAUGUGUAAAGCAUGGAUUCAUCUAAUUCAGAAAAAAACUUACUCCAGGCUGACACAGAUAUUUGUGUACAUACAAGUCAGAUAAAAUAAACUUGUACUUGCAACUCUAGGAUACCUGAAUGAGCAAACUCCUCAGUGGUUAUGUUUGCUAAUAAACCUUUAACUGAGGUCUAGUAAUAUACUUGCUUACUGUUGGUACUGAAAUAUUAGUUUCCUUUGCAAAUUCUAACAUGCACAGUUUUAUUGUCAAAAAUAAAUGUAACACUGAAAUUAUUAUUACAUCAUUACUAUUACUGCAUGUUUGCUACAGGAAUCACCCUAUAGGUGAAAUCAAAUAUAUUACCACCUUCUGCUUUUGUGAAACAAAUUUCUGGAUUACAAUUCUCUGAAUUUCCCCAGCUUUGCAAUAUUACAUAAAAUCUAAGCAGUAUUCAAAUGCUGUAUUCCUAGCAGUCUCUGGGAUUUGAAUUCAUUGCAAAACACAGAAACAGUACAUUUAGGUAGAGGGGCAGAGGUUACUCUCAUUAAAGAUAAUGAAGACUACUUUACCAAUGCUUUUACCUUCUGAGGAUUAUUAAAUAAAUGUUCUACAUAAAGAGAAAGCACUGCUUGGCUGCUUUCUUCAAGAAAAACUUCAAACUGAAAGUAUAAAAAAAAAAGACAUGGAUAACAGUUUGGGUAAAGCAAAUCACUUAUAGGUCACAGAAGGUAACAGUGGCCACAGCAACUUUAAAAAUGGAAUACAUUAAGACAGUGUAGACUUGCUCUUUAUGUUAUGCACUGACUGACCUUGGGUUGUACCAGCUGCUAACACACUAAGACGGAAUCUAACCACACAAGUGAGCCAAUUUUGUGGAUCAUGGCAAAAAAAGAAAAAAAAAAAAAAAGGUGUCUGUGUGACUCUGUUGGUGUCACAGCAACAUUUGCUCAGCUGCUGCUACUACAGUUCAACAGGCUUUCAAAAUAUACAUUGGCAAAAUUGUUUCUCAUCUUCUCCAAACACCAGAAUGCUGCAGCAGCAUUAUAUACAGUACAUUACUUCUGAGGAGCAGCAAGUGUUCCUUUUGUGCAAUAAAGCUUCAGAAGAUUACUUGCUGUUCUCAUCAGAUCCACAAAAAAAAUACAUUUGCUCCUUCAAGGAAUUUUUAACACGUGCCAAAUUAUUUCCUUCUACUGUCACAAUAUUGUUGUGAAACUGUCUGAAACUUACCUUCAGAUUUCUGCAUAAUCUUGCACCCUUGCUUUGCUACUGUUAAAACACAAACACCCCACUUCUUCUCAUUUUUAAUACUUCCUCACAUCAUUAGCAACUGCUCUUAGAGAUAAUGCAAAACCUUCUACAUUUUCUGUGGCUUCUAGCCAAUGCUCUUCAUAUUUUGUGUCCUGUUCUCCAUUCACCCUAUUUCUCCAGGCCCUCCUCCAGGUACCCAAAGCUACAAACCUCCUGUUUCCUGAAUCCCUUUGGGAUUCUAUUAUCAUUCACUUUUCUUUACAAUUCAGCUGUUUGUUUGUUUGUUUGUUUGUAAUCAACUACAUCUCGUUUGCACAGAAAACAUCAUUCAUUUAAUCACUGAGCAUUUUCUAGAAUACCUAUUAUUUUUUCCUCCAUAGAAGUCAUACUUCCUGAAAGGUAUAACUCAAUUGCUCUAGAGACAUUGAAACUUCUAUAGCUUCAUCACUAACUUCAGUUAAAAAAAAAAAUAAAAACAAAAAAAACCCCACCACCCACAAUCUGAACAGAUACUGUAUGAAUUCUCAAACAAAGACUGAAGGUCUGACAGUAUGUUGGUAAUGGUCUGGGCACACCUUUCUUACAUGUGCUAAGCUCAAGGGUUGAAAAGACACUGUAUCCCUCAGUCAAUAAGUGCAGGAAAAAAACUUAAGUCUUACAAGUUGGUGGACAAACUCAGAGUGAAACAAAACUUGGAUUUUCAACUACUUGUUUACAACACAGUGAUAGUUAACAAGUUGUCUGCCACAGGCACAAAGCAUUUCAGUCUUUCCAGAGAACGUUAAUUACUGGGCUAGAAAACAAACCUCAAAUACAAAGACAUUCACAUUUAAUCUACAUAUGAUUAACAUCAGAAACUAUUUGGACAGCAAUAUAGAAAUUUUCAUAAUACAGAAGACUGUGACUCACCUAAUCAUAAAUAAAAGGAGAAGACAACAUUCUUACGAGUGCUGAAGGCGAUUCCAGCUUUGAUCAUCAACUUGAACUUACUGAAAAACAGCUUCCCAAAUAUAGUCUCCACAUGAGAAUAUUACUUAAAGACAUUUACAUUAAAAUAUUGUCAAAAACUUUCAGAGUGAUAGCUUUAGUGCACAAAAUUUAAAACAAAAUCUUGAGAAAUGUGUCCAAAAUGUAUAUUUUAUUCAUUUUGUCAGGCUUUAAGAGACUGUUUCCCAUUCAAAAUUAGAUACGGAACUCUGAAAGAAAUAUAAAACAGUAAGAUUAACUAAUGGUUCCUUUUAAAAUUAAAGCCAAGAAUGUGUAACAUACAUUUAGGCUGCAGUUUUCAUGUCCUAAUGCUAACAACUUUUCUACUGCUCUGCUUAGAUAUUAUCAUUUCUGCUUUACAAAGACCAACUCAAGAGCCCAUUGUAAGUCAAAUAAUCAACAAAGUCUUCUAAAAGAUAAGAGAAAGACUUGUAUUGAACUCACAAACACACUUCCAGAAAUAAAUAUCACUACAUUCAAAUACUAAUAGACUGGUCUUCUCUCCCAGUGUUACAUUUGAAUAAUACCUGGAGUUUUCUUUAGCAUAUGCUCCACAUCACAGGAAGGAUGAGGUUGGAAGGGACUUGUGGAGGCCAUCUGGUCCAGUAUCUCUCUACUCAAGCAGAGCAGGGUGCCCAGGCCCAUGUCCAGUAGGCUUUUUUAGAUCCCCAAGAGGAGAUUCCAGUCUCCCUGGACAAUCUCUUCCAGUGGUCCUUCACUUUCACAGCGUAGAAGUGCAUCCCAAUGUUUAGAGAGAACGUCCUGCGCUCCAGUUUUUACCCAUGGCCUCUUGAUUUAGUGCUGGGCAUCACUCAGGGCAGUCCAGCUCCCUCUUCUUUGCACCCUCUCCUCACAUACUUGUACACACUGAUGGGAUUCCACACACACUACAUCUUCUCCUUUCCAGACUGUACAAUCCCAGCUCUCAAAACCUUCCCUCAUACGAGCGGCACUUCUUUCCCUUCAUCAACCUUAUGGCCCUCCACUGGACUCUGUCCAGGAGAUCCAUAUCUCCCUGGUACUGAGGAGCCCAAAUCUGGACAGAGCAGUCCAGGUAAGGCCUCACCAGUGUUGAAUAAAAGGGAAGGAUCACCACCCUCAACCUGAUGAAGACAUUCCCCCUCAUGCAGUCCAAACAUUAAUCUUCUCUACCACAAAAACACAUUGCUGACAUGGUUCAACCUGGCAUCCCGCAGGACCUUCUGCUAAGCUGCUUCUCAGUCCUUGUAUGGCACUUGGGAUUAUUCCUCCAAGGUGCAGGACUUUGCAUUUCCCUUCACUGAACUUAAUAUGUUUCAUACCAGCCCAUUUCUCCAGCCUGUCCAGAUCCCUUUCAGCGACAGCACAGACCUUUGUUGUAUCAGCCACUUGCUCAGGGUACACUGUGCCCAUCAUCCAGGCCGUUAAGGAGAAUGCUCAAAAGGACUGAAGGCCAGCCCGGAUCUGGGGUACAGCACUAGCUACAGUCCUCUAAAUGGGCUCUGUGCCUCUGAUCACAAUCCUCUUAAUGCAGCCUUCAGCCAGUUUCCAACCCAUCACAUCAGCUGCUCACCCAGACAGCAUUUCAUCAGCUUCUCUAACAGGAUCUAAGGGGAAGACAGUGUCAAAAGCCUAUGUCAAAACAAGCAGGUAACAAACAUGCUACUUUAAGAUUCCAUCCUAUAAAAUGGCAGGCAAUUUCAGCAGCUUCCUGUUUAAAAAAAUAAAAAAAUAAAAAAAUAAAGGUACAACAGCACUGCUUUACAUUCACUCACCCCAUUUGAAACAUACCUGUUUUCAAAUGUUUCAAGUAUUAAUUCACUGUAAGGUUGUGAAUAAGAAUCACAAGACUGUGUAUAUUCUCCUUCAACAGAAUUUUGGAGCCCAAGGAAGUUCUGUGCUAGAUGAUAAAGGUUUCCAGUGGAGGAGAAGCAUACUCACAUUAGAGAAUUUCUGAAGCAUGAACCACAGAAAAAUCUUAACUCAGUUUCUGAAACCAACACAAAUACUCUUUAUUUGUGGGAUUCCAUUUUACAUCAACACCAGCAAAAGACCUAAAAAUGAACUCGUUAGGUGGCAUAACAGCAUUUCCACCAGUUUGUAAGUCACAGGAGUUUAGCACACCUUAUGCGUGUAAUACCCAAAUAACUAAGACAUAAAGCAUUCACAGUUACAGGUUAACUGCUGUUCCAACAGCAGCUUCAUUAGGAACUACUUGGUGACAACACACA